AUGACAAGAAUAAGAGACUUUAUGGGGGCUCCAAGGGCGCCAGUUCGUCAAAAUCCAAUGCCUCCUCCUCGAUCGGAAACCCAAGUCCGACAAGAGGAAAUGACAGACGACAUAGUCGAACAAGAGUAUCAGGAGUUCGAACAUAUUCAUAGGGUGGCUCGAAGGCCUCCCAUGGUUUUGGUCAACAGAAACCAGGAUCCCGACCAUGUGGUCAGGCAGAUUCGACACGAGGUAGCUGUCGGGGAACAAAACCUAGAGACUAUCAUCGAACGAAUCAUAACACGAAAUAGAAUAAGCUCAGGCCUACAGCGGACGACUUACUCUUCACCCUUGUCAGACUUUAUCUUACAUACAGAACUGCCUAGGGGAUGGAAAGUCCUGAAAUUUACCAAGUUCAUUGGGGAUACUGAGGAGUCCACCAUCGAACAUGUUGCCAGGUAUCAGACUGGGGCUGGCGACAUAGCGAAUAAUGAGGAUUUGAAGUUAAAAUACUUCCCAAGUUCUCUUAUAAAAAAUGUGUUCACAUGGUUCACAACGCUACCUCCACAAUCGAUCCAAACGUGGACACAAUUGGAGAGAUUAUUCUAUAAACAAUUCUACAUGGGGCAGUCGAAGAUUAGCCUUAAAGAACUAGCCAACGUCAAACGAAAGAUUGCUGAGUCGGUUAAUCAGUACUUAAACAAGUUUAGACUGUUGAAAGCGCGAUGCUUUACUCAAGUCCCUGAGCAUGAGUUAGUUGAGAUAGAGUCAGAGGGUUAG